GAUUUGAGACCAAAAAGACUUAAGUUGACGUGUUGCUUGUAACCACUUAACAAACAAUCUGAGGCGGGGUGCACCAUUCUCGGGUAAACUAAGUACCUCCUGUAGGUACGUACUCUGGGUGACCUUGGAGACUCAAGUACACUCUUGCUAUCGAUGCGUCAAAUGCCUCAACGCAACCUCCAGCUUCAACGGUGAGGUGAUCUAUAGCUCCCAUCACAUGGACAAUUGACCUUGCCAUCAAAAAUGCCUCCGAAACCCUCAGUCCGAGGUGAAUACAUCGAGACUGAAACAGGGAAUAAAAUCAGCCGGAAAGCUAGUGUCCUAGGUCCACGACACAUCAUCCUUGCCGGCAAAUGUGUGAUUCAACAAGAUGUCGUGAUCCGCGGCGACCUCGUUCGUCCUCCUCAAGCCAAACCUCCCCCUCAACAAGGUGAUCAGAAGUCGUCAACUCAAGAUCAAACAUCCAUACAUCUAGGCCGCUACGUCUUCAUCAGCCCCGGCUGCACACUCCAGCCUCCCUCGCGUCUCACAACCGUCGCCAAUCCCAACGGAGGCGAGCCGCCGCAGAUCUUGACAUACUUCAUGCUCAGAAUCUCGGACUACGUCUACAUUGGUCCAAAUACGCAUGUCCGUGCCGCGGAAAUCAAGAGCAAUGUAUAUAUUGGUGCGAACUGCACGAUUGGAAAUAUGGUCAUAAUCAAAGACAACGUCAAGAUUCUGGACGGGACGGUUCUACCUGCGAAUACUGUUUGGGCUGGAGGCACCAUCAUCGCAGGGAGCCCUGGAAGAGUAGUAGGAGAGAUUGGUGAAGGAUGGGCAGCAAGCGUUGCUAGUGGCUCUACUGUGGACGAAGGCGUGGGAGUCAAGAGCAGAGAGAGGUGGGCAGCCGUCGGCAACAAACGUUAAAUAAGUCGAUUUGAAGAUACUUAAACAACACCGUCUCGACGAUGAUGAGUGCUGAUCUCAUUGAUUUCGGAUCCGCCUCUCACACGGAACAUAACACGAAUGCUUCGCC